AUGGUAUCCUUAAGACUUUAAAAGAGAUUAGCCGCUUCCGUUUUGAAGUGCGGUCAAAAGAGAUUAUGGUUAGAUCCCAAUGAAUCCUCCGAAAUUUCUAUGGCUAACUCCAGAGCUUCCAUCAGAAAGCUCAUCAAGGACGGUUUGGUCAUGAAGAGAUCUACUGUCAUUCACUCUAGAUCUAGAGCUAGAGCUUUCCUUGAAGCCAAGAGAAAGGGUAGACACACUGGUUCCGGUAAGAGAAAAGGUACCAGAAACGCUAGAAUGCCCACCAAGGUUCUAUGGAUGAGAAGACAAAGAGUUCUCAGAAGACUCCUCAGAAAGUACAGAGCUGCCAAGAAGAUCGAUAAGCACUAAUAUCACGAAUUCUACUUGGGUUCUAAGGGUAACUUGUACAAGAACAAGACUGUCUUGAUCGAAGCUAUCCACGUCUCCAAGGCUGACAAGAUCAAGUCCGAUAAGUUAACUUCCCAACAAGAAGCCAGAAGAGCUAAGAACACCGCUUCUAGAGCUAAGAGAAACGAAAAGGCCUAAAUCGUUGCUAAGGUCGAUGUUUGA